AAAAAAUAAAGACAAAAUGGAGCAACCGAGAACAAAGAGGCGCCGAAGCAGUGAAAGCUCCAAAGAAGAGCUUGUCGAACUGAGUCCACUGGAAAAACAGAGGGACCUGACGAGGCAGCUAAAGAAAAAAAAACAAAAGACUACAGGAAAGAGCAGAAAAUACUUGAAAGGAGGAACGACAAGCUGCAAGACAUGCUCCAAAACGAACUCAAGGUUACAGCAGCACAAGCAGGAAACGGCAGCCAGCAAAACAUAUGUUCUGUGUGAAAUGGACUUCGCUCUUCCUACCCUUUUUCACCAAACUGUAGACGGCUCCAGCAAGAAACAUUCGCCGGCCGUUCCUCUUGCCACCACCAAUGCAGCAAAGGCGCAUCAAAUAAUCAUGGCACCUAUAAAAAAUGAGGCCACUCACAGCCGCAUUCAAGAGAAGGUAUGAGCAUACAACGCAUUAAGAUGCUUCAUCAAGUGUGAAAA